CAUCUGCUCAGUAAUUCAUGUCUGCCUCACCUCGCCUUCAACCUUCACUAAGAUUUUUUUCUGUCAAAACAAAUAUAUAGCUUCUCAUGCAAAGUGGUAGACAGCAUUUCAUCCCUGACAGGGGAAGAAGGGAGACCUGCUGUUACGUCACCCAUGACCUCAUUGGCUGCGGCUGCGCGAAGUAACGGUCCGCCCGCGCACGCGCGCUGCUAUAAAUGCGUUGCGCGCGCGUCCGUCGUGCAGUUGUAAGUGUGGCGCCGUGUACACGUGACGUGUGUGAUGUGUGUGAUGGCAGCACGGAAGUGCAUACCAUGCCAUGCAGCUCAGUGUGAAGGUGGAGGUUCCCACAGCCCGCAUCCACGCCUGUAAAAUAUUUGUGCCGGUGAGCCACUCUGUUUAGCCGGGGAUCUCUUGGCGCGCCCUCAAAGCAUCUCACCCCGCCCCCAGCUUCUCAGCUUCAAUGAAGGAUGAUGUUGAUGAUGAUGAUGUGUGUGUGAACCCGACAAGUGCAGGCGACCGGAUAUUUCUGCUUGAUUUUCGCGUUCAGAUUUAGCCCGCGGUGCCACACCCUCGGUGGGUGAAGUGAGUGGUGCGACAGUGCAAACGUGUCGUGGUCCGGAACUGAGUCGUGAGUCGUGUGAAAGCAGAGUUGACAGGGCGAGACACGCGACUGGACAUGUUUCAAUGCACAGUUGCUGCUGUCGGCGGCCAUGGAGAAGGAUGUCGCGUGUCGUUGCUUGUCUUCCUGUGAGAGGACAACUGCUGCGUGCGUCGUGUGUCGACCUUUGGCGAGGGUCACGGGACAAGUCGGUUAACCAACGUGCACUUCAAUAUGUUUAACUGACCGCAAGCUCAUUGGCUGCGAGGACCGUCAGCAGCUGGAUGCCUUGUUGGACCUGCGGAAUCCGAGAGGAUGAACUGCAAAUCCUCUGAAGGAGGUAACCUCAGUCUGUCACCCAGCAACUGGACAACGGAGGUAAUCGUGGAGUUCACUGGACGGACGGUGCUGUCCAUACUGACUGUGGUGGUCAACACGCUGGUGUUGGUGGCCAUCUGGACCACCCCGUCCUUGCGCUGCCCCGCCCACCUGGUCAUCGGCAGCCUCGCCGUCACGACCUGCUGGUGGGCUUCAUGGCCGGCCCCAUGGGCCUCUUUCUGGAACUGGGACUUUUCAUUUGCCCAGAGCUGUGUCGCCUGGGAUACGCCUUCAUGCUGACCCUGUGCGUCGUCUCCAUCAACCACCUGCUCUUCGUCAGCGUCGACAGGUUUUUACUGAUCGCCACACCCCUGAGGUAUAUAACCCUGGUGACCCAGAAGCGCGCUUUUGUCUUCAUCGGCGUGUGCUGGGGCUACUCCAUGGCCGUGUCCUUCAUCUUCAUGUUCGCCAUGGAGCCUAAACCUGACCUGGACCCUGACGAGCGUUUCCCCAUGUGUCGUGCGGAGAAGCUCUUCCCCUUGUGGUUCAUCACCUACCUCACCAUCCUGCACUUUCUGCUGCCCUUCAUCAUCAUGGUCGUCCUCUACACCGCCAUCUUCGUCAUGGCGCGGCGCCAGCAGCAAGCCAUCAAGUCCUCCUUCCGCCUCAACGGCGUCAACGCCGAGGGCAUGAGCGUGGGUCACCGUGCCAAGCUUCGUGCCGCCAGACUCCUGGCCUUGCCCUGCGGGUACUUCCACUUGUCCUGGGGUCCCUGGUUCAUCACCAUCUUGUGGGCGGUUGCUAACGGGAACAUCGUGGAUCCGCACUACGUAGAACGGUUAGUACAAGCCUUGGCCAUCUUGAACUCCUUCGGCAACCCCGGUCUUGUACGCCGUCAGUCAGCCGUUACUCGGGCGCGCCAUGCUGGCCAAACUGUGUGGUUUGUGCAAAAAGGCUUCCUCUUCGGCAGGAAGAGGAACAAGUGCAUCUUGGAGACCGCCGCCCUCGUGUGCAGGCAACCGACAUUAACGACCUCAACCGUUUGAACUUGGGCAUGCGCCCAGCUCUCCAUCGCAUCGAUGUCAGAUCAUAACAUGCAAAGGUCAAAGGAUGAGGCAAUCAGACAAACAAAAUCCGAUUAUAAAUCCGGAUGAAGCCCGGUACAAAGUGCAUGGAUCCCUGUCCUGUCAUGAGAGCGCAUCUCCAAAGACAAAGAGCGAUGCUGUGAUCCAUCACAGACCCUUGUGAAGUUUGUCGCAGUACAGCAUCACACGUAAAGGAAAGUCCCUAGGGAUCUAUCGUAAAAAAUAUUACAUUUAUGAUCGCUCAGUGGUCGAGGUUACCUUGCCCGGUGUCUGAUUUCGACUACAUUAUACUGACUGUGAUGACUGAUCCACCCGUGUGGACACUACGUGGUGAGAACGGUAGAGAUUAAUACAGGGUGUUGUGUUAGCCUCGCUUUCAUAAUCAUGAACCUUAUCGUUGCCUCUGGGGGACAAUUUAGUUCCAGUGAGCAGUGUGUAUGGUUUGUCACCUGGCGAGGCCUGGAGACCAGCAGGUAAUAAUUAACUGUGGUGUCAGACUGUCAUAGUAUUUUCAGGUUCAGAAAAAUGAAAAAAGGACAUAACUGUUCAUGUAACAGAGAGAGAGUGUAUGCGUGCUGGUGGUUUAUUAAAUGUUAAUAGUAAGUGGACAAUUUAUCGUCAGAAUGAUAAUUACACAUUAUCCCUUCCUGUCUUUCCAGUCGUUAUCACACAUUAUCCCUUUCCUGCUGACUUGAUUUCAGAUUAUUCUUUAUGACAUACAUGAUUUCUAGAUGUCGACUGUCAGGGUGUGACGACCAAAGUAUGUUACACAUUUCACUGCAUUGUGAAUUGAUGAACUCUUCAGGACCUGGGUUCCAGUAAUUACAGCACUGUGAGAGUGAAAGAGAGAAGGAGGAGUUGGAAAGCCAGGUGAUGAUUUGUUCCUGACAUGAGAAAAUGAGGGAAAAAAUGUGUCUGCUAUCGUUCACUGGUGCACGUGCCACCUCUCAGCUGGAGUCCCUCCCGGACUAACAAGGUCCCCCACAAAUGAAAACCCUGAUAACCGGCAGCGGCAGUGGAGGCAAAUGUCGUCGCCAUAGAAACACAAAAACUGGGGUCGUUCGCACGACAAGUCUUGAGGCACUAGCCAGGGGUUGAAACCAAACCUUUCAUCUCAGUUUCUGAAUAUUCUCUGGAGUUAACCAGCUCCUAGCAGCGACCCGUGCUGAUGGCCGCGAGUUCUUUUCUGCCAGAAACCCUGACUGUGGCGUCAUAGGGAGGCAUUCAUGCGAAGACCGACUAAAUUGCAAGAUAUUCAAUCUUAACUGGAGGCCACAUGGCCAGCUGCACAAGAGCAGCUGCACACACACACACACACACGCACAUAACUGCAAAGAAAGAUUAUGAAAUAGCUUCCGAUAAACAGAGACAACUUGUCUAAACAGGAAAAGAGAAUGACGAAGAGCGUGCAAGCGAGGACGACUUUCCGGCAUCAACAUCACAACAUCAUCAACAUCACAACAUCAUGUCCCGGUCUUUGCUGUCAUGUCCAAAUUAUUCGUCCUUCUUCGCGUCCAACUUUCCUGCCAUCAGCUCAUUUUCGUGUGGACCUCUGUGCUUGAAGUCUGGCGUGAAGAAAGGGAGCAGGUUCCAUAUUUAUCUUAUCUCAAGCUGCAUUGGAGAAGACAUGAUGAUCAAUCUCGUCAGAAACCCUUUGCGCCUGCCAUCUUCAGUAACUGGUGUCGGUGUCUCAGGAAAUUCCUUGCUCAAGGCUGUUUGUAUAUUUUGCUGAUAAAUUGAAUUCCUAAGUCGCAGACAUAAAUCCUGUGAAGUGAAGAUUUGCAUGAAAGUUGAGAGCGAGUGCAGCUUUGUGUAUGUCCGAAAUAAUCCUUCGUAAGAUGACACAGUGUCCAGCCUCCAUCAUUUGAUUAUUACAGACUGUGUAUACACAAUUCCUCUUUGUUCGUCCACUUCAUCCCAAGUGAUAUCCGAGUCUUUGUGAAGACUUUGUCAUCAUGAAUUCCUUUAUGGGCACACUGAUCUCCAAGCUUGACCACCUUGACCCUUGACUCCAUAAUGGAAAUGAUAAUUAUUGAAUACAGAGCCGGUACGGAUGGACUGACGGUGUGAGUGAAGUAGUCCAUCCACAUGUCUACACUCAUGGUCUCUCAGUUCCGUCUAAUUAAGGUCAAAAUACGUGUUAGUCGGGUCAUCAGGAUAUUCAAUGUUACAAACAGAUGUUCUGCGAUUGUUCUAGAGAGGACGUGCGUUCACCAAUUGCGUUGCGUCUAGUAAUUUCAAUGAGACUCGCAUCCUAUGAGAACUUUCAGGAAGUUUAACUGAUUUUUUCAACAGUUCUUAUGACAUUCUUUUGCAGUUGCUGAUGCUUUUUUUGAAACAUUUGGUGUUUUGAAUAGCUUUAAUGAUGUUCUGAAACUGAUGAUAUUUUAAUGUUGUUGUGUGAUUAUAUUUGUAACCACACGAUCUUCUUCCUAGAAAAGAAGUGAAAGAGUGAAGAGAAAAGAGUGAAAGAAAGAAGGAAAACAUUUUGAAGUAUGUUAUUGUCGCACUGCCCAUCCUAUGACCAAGAUUAGGAUUUCCGCCUCAACACAGAUUACAUUAUCUACUAGGUUGUCCUAGUGUCAACAGAUAACACUGAAGGUGAGCACGUGCGUGUGAGAAAGAGAUGUAACACCCUGAUGCCUAAUACUCUCAAAACACGCGAACCGUGGUCAAUAAUAGCAAAAAUAAACAACAAUUGUUUACCCAUGUACUAGUUUACAACUUUCCAGAUGUCGUGCUGCUUGGUCUUCAUGUCACCGAACCUCGAUUUACGACUCGCAGAUGACUGACAGACCGAGGGGAAUGUCCUCCCACUUGGUACGACUAACACCUCCCUCCCACACUCUUCCAGAAAUCGUUCGAAAAAAACGUGAGAUCACGAUUUAUUGAUACUUUACUCCAUCCUCCAAACUUCCCAUGGUUAUCAUUAUUAGAAUUUUUUUAAUUUAUUUUACUGAAGGCUAGCGUGUGUGACUAUGUCCUCGAGAACAGAGCUGACCUUUGUUUGUGGACAAAACUCGGUUUAUCUGCUGUAAGGGACUGAUGUUAAAUGACAAAUAUUUAUUUAGGAAGGUAAUAGAAUAAGCAAAGUUGUGCUAUUGUACAUCUUCCCGUCGAUCAAGGAAAUGAAACUGAAAAACCUUAAUUAUAAAACAAGUGGACUAAAGAGAGAACAUGAGAAUACAUACAAAGAUCAUACUCUUAGCAAAACCCAGUGGUUUCAGCAAGGAUGUGAACCGGGAAGACCCAGCUUUUGGACCAAACAUUCGUCUUUUUUUAACCAAUAAAAAUUAUUGAUUUCAUUGUAAUAAAGUUAAUUGUUGUGUCUCAGUAUCACCUCGUCAGGUCUUUUAUCUUUAAACCUCACCUCAGUUUGCGAAGUAGGAGUCUUGGGAAUCAGUCAACCGGCCAAGACAGACAAAAAAAGGCAUCCAAACAAAUGAAAUAAAGUUAAAACGGAUGCCCUCAUGUCUACUUUCCUGUUACAAUCUGUGAAAGACAAAGUGAGUUGUUUUGUUUGUUUGCUCAUGAUGUAACAUCGUGAGUAGAGAGUGUGGAGGGCAAGUUAUCAUCAGUCAAACUGAUUUCCUUUGUGAGAAGAACAAACUGUCAGAUCGUCCAUUUUCAACCGGAGGUGCAGUAAACUGCAAAGACAGAUAGAGACCGAAACCUAAUUUCCUUGCACUUGUCUCUAUGCUAAUUAAAUCUCAUUAAGUGGUUCAGUUAAUAGGAAUCUACAGUCACUUCAACGCUUGAAUGAAUAUUUUUUAAGUUGGCUGAAAGUUUUCAGUACAUGUGAUAUUUGGAAGUACUUCUACAUUAAAGUCUACUAUGUUCUAAAA